AUGAACUCAACCUAUUCCAAUCAAUAUACUAAAGUUAUCUCCUCGAAAGUCCUUGAGGACUUCGGAACAGUGAGCUCCUUAAUCAGUAUGAGGGAGCUGUUAAGGAAGGCGGCGGGGGAUCCUAGCGUGUGGGACACUUUUGCCCACAUCCCAGGUAAAGUUCUAAACGGAGACACCGGCGAUGUAGCAGAUGACUUCUACCAUCGCUACAAGUGGAGGGUCUUGGCAAAAGAAGAUGAGGAGGAUCAGUUGAAAUCAAUGAAGACCAAGCUGCUGGAUGGUGUCAAGAACUUAAGACCAGGAUCAAUGGGGAGGAUGUGGAGUAGAUGCUGUUAUGUUGUUCAGCUUUGUGAGAGGGUGGUGUUUUGCAAGGACUACGUGGACUUCGCCGACGUCUGCUUCAGAGAGUUCGGCGACCGGGUGAAGUUCUGGGCCACCUUCAACGAGCCAUGGACGUACUGCUCCCAGGGCUACGGCACGGGCGUCCACGCCCCCGGCCGGUGCUCCCCCUACGUCUCCGCCUCCUGCGCUGGCGGCGACUCCAGCCGCGAGCCCUACCUCGCGGCGCACCACGUCAUCCUCGCCCACGCCGCGGCCGUCCGCCUGUACCGCGCCAGGUACCAGGCGGCGCAGCGCGGACAGGUCGGCAUCACGGCGGUGUCGCACUACCGCGGCGCCGUGCAGCGGAGCCUCGACUUCAUGUACGGCUGGUUCCUCGACCUCAGUGGAGCGUGCCCGCCGCCCAACGCGCUCCGGCUCUCCUACGACGCCGACAUCCGCGACAACACCUCUGGAUUCCGCAACGGCAAGCCCAUCGGCCCACAGGAGUUCACCGCGAUGUUCUUCAACUACCCUUCGGGUCUUCGCGAGCUCCUCCUCUACACCAAGAGGAGGUACAACAACCCCAUCAUCUACGUCACAGAGAACGGGAUUGACGAGGGGAACAACAAGAGCUUGCCGAUCGCGGAGGCGCUCAGGGACGGGCGCAGGAUCUCGUUCCACUCCAAGCACCUGCAGUUCGUCAACCACGCCAUCAGGAACGGCGCGAGGGUGAAGGGGUACUUCACGUGGACGUUCAUGGACUGCUUCGAGUGGGGCCGCGACGGCUACCUCGACCGCUUCGGCCUCGUCUACGUCGACCGCCUCAGGCGCUACCGCAAGCAGUCCAGCUACUGGAUCGCCGACUUCCUCAAGAGGAAGUACCGAUGA